CCUACGACGAACGACCAUUUCGUUCCCCGUUCUUCUUCAUCCGAAAGCGGAGGAUGUGGCGCUCCAUACGUCAGCUGCCUGGGCUCCAUGUUCGUACAAUCUGCAGCGGACAGGCCACUUACCCUCUCCUCUUCUUCUCUUCUCUCCCGAAACCCAAGUCCUUCGCGUCUUCUUCUGCCCGGAGGUCACUUCGUUUCAAUGUCACGUCUCUGUCUCAGUCUCCGACGACUGUAGUUUGGGGUUUGGGGAUCAGGAAUGUUGGGCAGGUUUGGGCUCGGGUGGACGCCAGGUGCAUUUCGUCGGUGUCCACGGCCCAGCAGGACCACACUGCGGUGGAGUGGAAUGAAGCCGUUUCGUGCUCUGAGAUUGGCGACGGCGAUGGUGAUGGUGGCGGGAGGUUAGAAGAAAACGCCAAACGCUCUAUUCCUGUUCGAGCUUUUUUUUUCUCCACCAGGUUUCUCUUUCCCCUACCCCCUUUUUUCGAUUUCAGUGAAUUGCUUAUUGGCGCAUAAAAUGCUAAAACCCUAAUCCCCUCAUGGACGAACCCAUAUCCUUAGACCCUUUGGAACUUUGCUGUGUGUUUAGUAUGCAUAUGAACUUGAAUUCAUUUCAUUU